AUGGAGACCAGCGUGGAAGCAGCGUGUCGCGUCUAUGUGGGAAACUUGCUGCCCAGGGCCAAGGAAGGCGACCUCACGCACAAGUUUGCGCGCUUUGGCACGAUCCACAGCGUCUGGAUUGCACGCCGCCCACCGGGCUUUGCGUUUGUGUAUUUUGCACGUCCAGAAGAGGCAAAGCGAGCGGUCGAAGUGAGUGAGCAGGAGGACAUGGCGAUUCUGGGCAAGACGGUGCGUGUGCAGCUGGCAGGGGCAAAGAAGAAGCAGCAGCUGCAGCAGAUUGGGGGCGGAGACAGCAUUCGAGAGAGUGUGGAAAAGAGGCUGAGACGGGGACGCCGGAAACUGGGGGACUGUGGAGAGGAACGGGACUGGAGGGAGGAUCGAUGGCGGAGCAGAAGUAGGAACAGUGGAGGGGGAGAUCGGAGGCGUCCUCGAGAGAAUGAGCGAGAGAGAAGACGUGAGCGGUCGCGCUCUGGAUGUAAAGAGCGGUAUCGACGUGAUGGAGCUGGCCUGGGGUCGGCUGUGGAGAUGCAGGAACAAAGGAGCUCGAGUGGAUGGAGGUUGAAGCGGAGAGAGAGAGAGUAUAGCAGCAGCAGAAGUCGUAGUCGGGGACGGAGUCGAGGUUGUGAUGUGACAAGAAGGUAG